CUGGCAUUUUCGACGAUGUUCUACAAUCGGAAACAGGGCUAUACUGCUCUACACUGGGCUGCCAAGCAUGGAAACGAAGAUGUUGUUAAACUAAUUGCCGGCACCUAUAAAGCGGACGUAAACGCCAAGACGAAUGGGGGAUACACACCGCUUCAUUUGGCAACUCAGUUUGGAAGAGAUAAUAUCUUUGAAUUACUGUGGAAUGUCUACAAGGCCAACCGUGACAUUAUGGAUUGGAGUGGCAACAAGCCAUUGGACUAUAGCCGCCAGCGACCGAGUGUAUCGGCCUCCACGUGCAGCAAAAUCAAAGCACGAAAAAAGCAUACAAUCGAAAAAGAUUUGGGAUUCCUUCGGAUUGGUUCACUGAAUGUCCGGGUAAAGAAGACAACAGAGGCUUUCAGCAAUUUCUUGGGAGUGGGCAAUGGCAGUGGGGUAGCUCCGACGGGAUAUGGCAGUGGCGGGGCCACAACAGCAAAUCGCCAUCACCAGCGAUCUCACCAACACCCUCAUCAGCGUCAUCAUCACCACGUUGGUACGACACGGAGUCGCCAUCCGAAUCAGAGAGUAGCGACCACACCGUACGGCACGAACUCGAUACCGGGUUCGAGGGCGAGUGUUCCAAAUAACCGAAACAUCUAUGACGUUGUGCACAAGUCGUGGGGCUCUGCUGACAAUAUAACACAACGUACAGAAGACCUAAUGCCACCACCGAAGUCAGUAGAAACCAAGCGGAAUAAGUCCUCGAAAAGGUCAUCGUAUGCGUCCAAUGCAACGAACUCGCCUCGGGACUCCAUUUGCUCAUCCAACUCAAGCUCGAAUCUGAACAGCGGCUACAGCAGCAUGCCCACCACUCCGAAUCAAGUUCGUGCUCCUAAAGGCAUGGAUCACACGUCCUUCACAGCCGAUUCCGAUUCAGAUUCUGCCUGUGGAUUCGAUUCAAGCUGGUCCGUUAGCCAUCUAGCUGCUGUGGGCAACAAUCCAACACAAUCAUAAGUACAUAACAAUUAUGAUGUAUUUUUUUUUUUGUAUAAUCUUGUAAAAUUAAUGCAAAAUUGACGAUAAAAUCAAUAAACUUAUCUAUUUUA